AUGCGGAAUCCCGGCUAUUUGUUGUUGCUCUCGCUUCUCUAUGCAAAUUUGGAGCGACUUAGCGGUUGCGCGGCGCAAUACAGACGGGAGCUCAGAUACCUCGAUUAUUAUCUGGGCAUAGCGCCGCACGAUGAGCAGAGUAAAGUGCCGGUCCAGGGUAAGGAUGAUAAAGCAUUUUUGAAGAUGGGAAAAUUCGAAAAUAAAAAUUGGUUUUUGUUAAAAAUAAUACAAAAAUUUAUUUUAGAAAAUCAAAUAAACCAUUACGUGGACAACGCUCUCAGUCUAAAUUGUGACUUCAGCAAGCCUUGCCUCUGGACCAAUGCCCCAACUGACGAUCUUCUGGACACUUCAGACUUCUAUCUGUUCAACAAAACAGACCAGAAGACCUUCCCAAUUCAGAUACGACCCGGAGAUCCUAAUCCACCAGUUGGCACUUUGUUCGCGUUCGCAGGGAACACAACUCAGAAAGCCCAAUCUGCCGUGCUCUUAAGUGCACCAAUCGCGUGCCAGAACUCAGAAGGCGUGCUCACAUUCAAGUUGGUUAUUAAUUUUAGUAAUUAUAUUGUCUACAUAUCAUCUAGAGAUUGCGUAAUCUAUUUAUCUUCUAGGUACUGGCUUUACAAUGCAGCCAAAGUGGAAGUAGUUGUACUUCGAGUGAAUCCCUGGCAUAACCAUCUUCAAGUUAUCAGUCGCCCUCAAAUUGAUUGUCAUUUCCUCAAAGGAAGUGAGAUUUGUCGAGUGGAAAUCGACCGGAUGAGUGAGCCGUUUAGGCUCGGAAUCCGGGUGUUUUCGUUACGAGACCCGAGUGUGGGGUCUUUUGGAAUGAUAAAUGAUAUCCAUUACAAGGGAAAUCUAUGUGGGGAACAUGGUGGGUUACAACAUGUUUUUUAUUAGUGUUGGACUUUAAAGUCUAUUCUGAAUGAAUCUGCAAGUAAUAACUUCCAGAUAAGCCAUCACUGUUUGGCGGUGUUCCCUUAACCCACCCCCUCACCAAGCAUCAAAUAACCACUGGAUCUGAGCUGAACUGUGCCGAGAGUAUAAACUCCUGUCUUUGGUCAACCGCCGCCCCAACUCGUAACAAUGACCUCGCCAGCGUCGAUGAGAACGCGUUGCAUUGGCAGGUCGGGUCUAACAUUCGCCGCUGGGAAGAUAUCAUUCGAUUGCCCACGCGGCCUGAGGGCGAAUUCCUUUUCCAAUAUGCAGAUCCCAUGGCCCAACUGCCAUUGCCCACGUUGAGAUCGGUUUAUAUUCCUUGCACACAAACAAGUGCAUCGUUGUCGUUUAGGUAGGUCAACCAACCAGGAUUCAUUGUGGUUUAGAUUCUGGAUGAGCCCAGGAAUCCAAGCUCAAGUCUGUACUUAUGGAAGGGACAACGUCCAGUUGAGUUGUGUUUAUCUGGAGCUGUCUGAUUCCCCGGGACCGCUGACAAUUGAUAUUGAUAGCGCUGACGGGAAUCCGUUUGCUGUAAGUUUUAGGGGUCGAGGACAUUCGGGUGAGCCCUUUCGGUUGAUCACUUAUUCGGGCUUUUGGAGAAGGUAAAUUCUCGGGUGAUGACGAAAAUGUUAUAUUGAUGGCUACUAAAUAUGACAUAAAAACAGUAAAAAUUUUAAAUUUUUUUACAAUCUUAUUCAUUUUUAGGGGUUUCGUCCAUCAGGAAUCCAAAAGUAAAAUCGGAAUUUUCAGUCUUACAUACAAUUAUAACGAAUAAUACAGAUUUCAUUUUUCCCAAAAAACGAAUAGAGUUGAAAAAAUUCAGGAUUUUUACAGUGACAUGUCACAUUUAGUAGCCAUCAGUAAAUGUUUACUUCAUCACCGAUAAUUCACCCACCCAGAAAAUCCCUUACCAGAAUAAGCGAUCACAUUCAGUUACCCAACCUUUAGAUGAUUUUUGACAAAAUUAAUCUGAAUUGCGUAACAAGCUCUAACACACCACUAUAUCAAUUUUUGCAGUUCUCCUUCGAGAUCAUCCAAUUCAGUAGAACAAGCGGCGGAGUCCUCGUCAUCGAUGAUAUCCAAUUCGCAGGCAUUCUUUGUAACGAAGAGAUUCCCACAACAACCGUAUCUCCCUUGGAUCUGGCCGUUGAAUUUGAUAUCCAGCCGUUCCCAGAAGUCGGGCCCAGCUUUUCGGACAGUUUAAAUUGUGAUUUCGAGACUGAUAGAUGUACCCAUUGGACGAAUGAAGAGACUCAGUUUAUGUAUGGAUUCAUCCCAUCCAAUGCCGCUGAGAUUAAUGCCUCUUAUCGUGGUCAGUUUAACUCCAACAAUGUCAUUCACCACAAAAGUCUCAAGGAUUUACGUUCUUUUAGGAUACGCGGCGAUCGCUCUUUUCGCAGAGCCUGGAAUGUCAGCAGAAUUAAUCUCGGAAGUAGUUUCUUGUUCUCAUGGCGGCCGAUUCAUGGUGGAGUACCAAUCCUCGGACAAUGCAACUCUCAGUGUUUGUGCCAACGAACGAUGCAUUCCCCAAAGGACAAGCGCUGGUCAAUUAGCAGUCAAUUUGACCUCAACCAGACCAUUUAGAAUAAGGCUUUUGGCCGAAUCUCAAGGCCAAUCUAUUGUUAUUGUAAAGAGAAUGAGCACGAGUGAAGACGGAUGGUGUCCAUUAGAAUCCCCAACCCAAUUGGCUUGUAAAGCAUUGAAAUGUGACUUCCGAAGUAGGUGAACACAAUCAAUAUAAUUUGUGUUCUUAGACCACCGUCUCUGCGGAUAUCGAAGUGUGAUUCUGUCGAAUGAUGACACUUCCUUUGCCUCCCACCCUUCUUCUGGUGCUUAUGUUAGAUUGGGCGUUCGUUCCAAGCGUGCAAUUCUCAGAUCCCCCAACUUUGAACUCUCAAGUCCAGUGGAACUUCGAUUUGCGGCUUCAUUAUCCACUUUUGGCUCAAGAUUAUAUGUGUGUGCGGAUGAAGAUGCUGCUGAAGAUUUGGCUUCCUGUGAAUUAGUAUUGGGGCCCAAGGUGGAAAGGAGUAAAGUCGAAAAUAUUUUGGUCCAAUUAGACCACGAGAUCCGGCAGUUUGCUUUUGUGGCAAUACACGAUAAAGCGGAGCAAUUUGGGGAUGCCGAGUUGGUGAUAAGUCAAAUUCAGAUCACGGAUUCGAAUGGAGAUCUGAUCUGUUAA